UGUUACGUAGGUCUAUAUAUCUUUUCAUAUGAAGAGGAGAGAUAUGGCUAAUAGGAAGACCUAAAGAAAUAAUAUUCAUAUCGUAUAUAAAGGUUUCGAAAUCUAAAUAAAAAAGAAGACAAAAGCAAAUAAUUUUUGUAAAAAAAAAGUUGAAAAUUGAAAAAAAUAUCCCUAAAAACUGCGAGCGUGUUGUAUUUGGUUCAGGCUAGUGAACCGAGAAGAUGAUGAGGGAAGAAGACAUGGUAGUAACAUCAAACGGCACGAACGACGACGACUAUACUAAUAAUAAUAUUAACAGUUGCAGUGGUUCUGAUAACAACCGUAACGGAGACGCUAACCAGAUCAGUCAAGUAUGGGGAACGUGGGAGGAGCUUCUGUUAACAUGCGCCGUUAAACGCCACGGUUCUAAAGAUUGGGACUCCGUCGCCAAGGAGGUUGGCUCCCGGAGCUCUCUGGACGCCUCCGCUCAUGACUGCAGCCUUAAGUAUCAAGAUCUCAGGCGUCGGUUCGACGACGACGACGGGCAAGGAAAUACCGAUGACAGAGACGGUGAAAUCGUCGAGCGGUUAAGGAGUCUUCGUGUGGCGGAGCUCCGGCGAGAGGUUCAGCGACGCGACGAGUCGAUAUUGUCGCUUCAGUUAAAAGUUAAGAGGUUAGAGGAGGAGAACAACGGAGAUGAUGGUGACGAUAAACCAGAUCUGGAAGACGACUCUAAAGCGGUUAGAUCGCUCAACAACGAAACAGAGCCGGUAAGGCUAAACCGGGAAACGACGGAGUCUGACCACCGGUCGAUGAACGAGUCCAAUUCGACUGCCUCCGUUGCCGAUCAUGAGCGAUUAAACGGAGACAAUUCGAGAAAUCCAGAUUCCGCUCAUAAGGCGGCGGAUGAGGGAACGGUUAGUAGGAGAUCGGGAACGAGUCAUUCCGGCGAGUUAGGCGAGUCAGGAACGUCCACGGGGCCUCGGAAGCGAACGAAGAGAGGACAGAAAUACAUUAGCGGCGAGGAUAGCAGCAUACGCGGUGGAAGCGGCGGUAAUAUUAAAACGGCGGGGAAUAAACCACAGCCGUUGAUUGAAAUCAUUAAGCUGAUUCGUUCUCAUCCGCGCGGAUCCCUGUUCGAAUCUCGUCUUCGGAGCCAGGAGACGAAGGAUUACAAGGGAUUGAUAAAACAGCAUUGGGACAUUGAAACAAUAGAGAGGAAGAUGGAGAAAGGAUCUUAUGUUUCUUCAAGUCUUUCUUUUUACAGAGACGUCAAGCUUCUCUUCACAAACGCCAUUGUUUUCUUUCCUGCAUCUUCCUCAGAAUACAUGGCUGCACAAGAGCUAAGAACCCUCGUCUCAAACGAAAUGAAGAAAAAAACAGGAAUAUUAAUUCGUAGUGUCAUCAAAGCAGAAGCUGAAUCUUCGGUUUCUAGACAGAAACCGUUUGCUCCUCCUCUUGUUGCAUGUAAGAAGAAGAACCCUGCAUCGAAAAAGACACAUCCUUCUUCAAGCCUUCAACAAAAAGAUGAGAAGAAGACUCGGGAAGUUUCAGAGGAGAAAACUGUGACUACUGCUGCAAGAAGCUCUAGGAGAACGAGCAAGGGUUUAGAAGUUGUUGCCAAGGAUACCAAAAUGGGACGAGCCAAAAAUAAUAAGAAACAAAAAACAUAUUCAUCGAGUGAUGAUGAUGAUGGGGACAAAGAAGAGACUCCUAAGACAGAGAAGAAGAGAGCAGUGGCAGCAUCAGAGAAGAAGAAGAGUGUAGCUGAAUUCUUGAAAAGAAUAAAAACUAACUCUCCACAGAAAGUAAAAGAAACAACGAGUAAAGAUCAGAAGAAGAGUGAUGGAAACGUAAAGAAAGAGAACAGUAAAGCGAAACCGAGGGAACUGAGGAGUAACAGCACGGGUAAAAAGAAGGUUGAGGUAGAGAAUAAUAGAAACAAGAGUUCAUCUAAACGGAAGCAAUCGAAAAAAGAAGCAGAGGAAGUGACUGAUGCAGGUAGGGAAAACAAUCAACAGCCAAAGAAAAGAAACAGAAGAUGAAAUAGAUGAUUCAUUGUGGUUAAGUAUUGUACAUUUGAUAUGCCAGAUAUAUUCAUCAAUCCUAAUAACAUUAGUGUUUAUGAGAAUUCAUAGAUCUUUUCAGAAUUUUCAUAAUUUACCAGUUUAGUUUUUCUUUGACCAA